AUGCAUGCAAUCGGCACCAGUCACAACUGCUUCUCGUGUGUGACAUCCAAUGAGCAACAUACCACGCGCCACAAGAAGAUUGCAGAGUUGCUGGCAGAAUAUCGUACGCUGGACGAGGCCGAAGAGAUUGCAUCUGUUAAGAACAAGAAGGGCAAUCACGGUGCGGUGCUUCGUGAGAGGGAUAACAAUGCCAUUCUGCGUCAGAGAGACGAUGAUCGUCCCGACGAUGAGGACGAGAACGUCGACAAUUCGUCUGUCUCGAACGCUUCGACAAACACAGUGUCCACCAAGUCCAGCAAGCUGAGCAAAGCCGAAGUCCGCGCAGCCAAGCGAGAAGCAAAGUCUGCGAAGUCACAACGCAAGUCUCUUAAGAAUCAGAACAAACACCUUGUGGCAGUCAAGGCAGCCGAUGUCGAGCACGUCGCCGUCACCCUCCACGGCGAGCAGAACUUGGACGACUCUCACCCUCUGGCUAGCGAUAAGAGCAUUGAGGAUGUCAUCAACCGUAAUCUGGGCUAUGUUAAGUACAUCAAGGAGCACAAGAAAAUGCUACUGCAAGAAAUCGCCAAUACUCGCCGUGCUGAUAUGGAGACACGAGCCCGCAAGGCCCGGAAGCGCAAAGAUCGAGAGAGCAUAUCGAAUGCCACUGGCGAUCCGAUGUCUCAACACAAGUAUAGACCAGUCACGGCCGAUGAAGAUGAGGAGGCACUCGUCAAUGCUGUCCUGAUCAAAUUUGGCAUUCAAGUUGAGCCAGCUGCGGACGGAAGCAUCACUCCAGCCACGCCAGUCACCCCUAAGCGAUCAAGCGUCGCCGGCAAAGGCUGCAGCCAGGAGAAGGCGAUGGUGCUCGCUCAACUACGCAUUGCUAUCGCGGAAGAUCUGGAGAAACAUGAGAACGAGCAAAGGCAGACCCUGAACAGAGCCGGCGCAUUCUGGAGAUAUGUUGGCCACCCGGUAUUCAAGCGGAUGAUGGCACUGACAGAGGGUUUCGAUUGGAAGACUGGCGCGAAGAAGUCGACCUCGCCAUCAAGUGUUGGCACUGAUCAGACCGUCGCUGCCGGUGAAGCAGAUGAUCAUCCUGGUGCUGCCGAGAUCGAUGAUGUGCAGGGAUGGGUUGAAGAUGUUGCAAAUGAGCCACCUGUCUGA